AUGUCGGAUUCAACGAAUUCAAGAAGAGCAGCUGGUCAAGAAAGUAGAGACGAAUCGGGUAGUGAAAGCUAUAAAGAGAAUAACGAACAUCCGAUUCCGUCUGACAAUGCCAGUGCACCGACACCUCAGGGUAUGCCUGUUCUGGAGUUCAGAGCUUUUAUGCAAGCCCUAGAUGCUAUCUUGACACGAUUUCAACCUCCUAUGCUUCCCCAUGCUCCUCCAGGUUAUUCGGUUAUCUUCCCUCCUCCAUCUCUGGCUACUGCUGGUUCGAAUAGAAUUCCGACUGAUUCAAUUCGUCUAGUUGUCCUUGUCGAAUCGCAAGAGAAUGGAAUCCGGCUCGUCCAUGCUUUAAUGGCGUGUGCAGAAGUUGUACAACAAAACAACUUCAAUCUCACCGAAGCCCUGGUGAGACAAAUUGGGUUCUUGGCGAUUUCUAAAAUUAGAGCCAUGAGAAAAGCGGCGACGUAUUUUGCCGAAGCUUUAGCUAGGAAGAUUUACAAAUUAUACCCUCAAAACCCACUCGACAACUCUUUAUCAGAUGUUCUUCACAUGCACAUUUGCGAGGCCGACCCUUGUCUAAAGUUCACUCAUUUCACGGCCAAUCAAGCAAUUCUCGAAGCUUUUGAAUGCAAGACAAGAGUCCAUGUUAUCGCUUUGAGAGUAGGUGGUUUGCCAGCGUUCGAACCUCCCAGUCACGUUGACUCCGAUCAUUUACAGGAAGUUGGUUGGAAGUUAGCUCAUUUAGCUGAAACGAUUCACGACGUAGAGGAGAACAACGAGUGUUUGAUGCUGGGAUAA